AUGCUCCGCCUCCCAAAUGAAAUCCUCGCAGCCGUCGUCUCCUGGCUCGAGACAGAAAGAGACAUCAACGCGCUCGUCCUGACCAGUCGCCAUCUCUACCAUUCCUUUAAUAGCGUCCUGUACCGCCGCAAUGCAGAGGACUUCGGCGGCUCUGCCCUGACCUGGGCUGUCCUUUUUUGCAGGGAGGAGACAGCAAUCAAGGCGGUCAACGCCGGGGCCCCGGGGGGCGAAGCCUUGUGGCACUCGGUGAGGAAUGGAGACGAGAAAACGGCCAGACUGAUACUGUCGUCUGAAAAUGCCGAUGGAAACUUCCAGGAUAGGAACCUGGGCGAGACGCCGCUGCUGGCAGCUGUCAACCUACGGGACGAGAGCAUGCUGAAGCUGCUGCUCGGCUCGGGUAAAGUCAAGGUUGAUUUAGGGGACAGGGCCGGCAGGACGCCCUUGCUCACCGCAGCUGAUAUGGGUUACGCCGCCGCGGUCGAGCUCCUGCUGGACUCCGGCCAGAGCGAGAUGCAGCGAGGCGACUACGGGGUGCUGGAAAUGGCCAUUAUGAGGAGCCACGCAGCCGUGGUGAAGCUCCUGAUGGAGCAUGCCGGCAUCGCUCCCCAUUCACCCGUCCUGCGGGGAGAGACGCCAUUGUAUCAGGCAAUGCGUUGGGCGCGGGGGCCUAUGAUUGAAACAAUGAUGAGCUUGGGCGAGGUAGACAUCAACGCGAGGGAUCAGAUGGGAACGACGCCGUUCUUGCUGGCCGCCGCGGGUGGCUACACCGCCACUGUCAAGCUGUUCCUGGAUUCUGGAAAGGCUGAAGCUGGUUCACAUACCGACAACGAGUACUCCGCACUCAUGCUCGCCAUUUCUGGCGCUCAUGAUGAUGCUGCCAGGAUGCUCCUCGAGCAGGACGGCGUGGAUGUAAACCACCGGGGCGAUGAUGGGCACCGAGCGCUCUCACUGGCUGCUAGGGAAGGCCUUCUGGAUGUGGUGAAGACGCUGAUUGGUAUGGAGAAUGUGGACGUUGAUUCCAGGGACAACCAUGGAUUCACGCCACUCGCGUGGGCCGCCACCGAAGGUCACCUGUCAACUGUCGAGCUACUCUUGGAUUCAGGAAGAGUAGAUCCCGACUCUAGGACAUCUCACGGGUAUACACCGUGGAUGCUGGCUUCUGGAAGGGGCCACGAAGCCGUUAUGAGAUGUUUGGUGGACACUGGGAAGAUCGAUGUGUGUGCAAGGAGUAAUGAUGGCACCACGGCAUUCUUGUCUGCUCUUGGAAGGGGUAAGGUAUCCGUCUUGAAACUCAUAGUGGAAUCUGGUGAUUCAAGGUUCGACCAGAGGUUGGGGGAGCGAGGUCGGACAGCACUCGUAUGCGCGGUAUAUGGACAGAGCGUGCCAGUCACGAGAUAUCUGCUGGACUCGGGGAAAGUCGAUGUUAACGAAGCGGACGAGCUGGGUAGGACCGCGCUGCAUCACGCUUGCGCCGUUGAUGCCAGGAAGGUCACCGAAUGCCUCUUACAGCAGGAGGAUCUCGAUGCCAACGUGAGGGAUUACAGGGGAUUCACACCGCUCGUGCUCGCUGCGGGGUCGUCCCAGGGUUUUCAUCUUGUCAAGCUUCUUCUACAAUCGGGGAAGGUCGACGCAGCUUUACAAGGCCAUGAUGGGGCCACUGCAAUCUCGGUCGCGACCAGCGCGCGCCGGUAUCGUACAGUAAGACUCCUCGCGGAAUGGGAUUGGCGUAGCCAGAUGGAAGGGGAUGGAGUAGAUGGACAGUGUAGCUCAGGGUAUUUGGACGGGUUCGAUAGUGAUGAUGAGGGUGAUGAGCUGUCUGAUACAGAGAUAGAUAUCGAUGCGUAG